AUGCUUCGAAAAGUUGAUCCUCUGCAUCCUGUGUUGGUGAAUUAUUUGACUACGAUAAAUCCUGAUGUUGAAAUUGGGAAGUUGUUAGAGAAGACAACCGAAGGUCCUUCGAAGACAAGGAGAGGUUCAAAGAAGGAAGAUCAUCCAAGCCCUUCGAAAGUUGUUUUAGUGGAAAAAGCAGCUAAAUCUCCAAAGAAGGUCAUAGUUAAAGUAAAAGCUUUGAAAUCAAGAUCAAAGUUUGUUGUUACUGAAAAUGUUGAUCCUUUGAAGGAUGUGGUAUCUUCAAAAACUGGUGUUCUCAAACGGCUCAAGAAAAUGGCUCAUAAGUCUCGUCAUUCUCCUGAAAGGUCUGGAAGUUUUUCACCUUCGUUUGUUAGAAAACCACAAAUUGGUCGAAAGGGGAUUCUCAUUUGUGAAAUACCCGUUCCUGUUUCACCACAAAACCAAGAAAAGGAGAGCAGAAGAUAUGGCAAAGAAGAUUUCAAAGAAACAAAAGCCACAAAAGAAACAAAGGAAACUGGUGUUGCAAGAAGAUUCAACUGA